AAUGCACCCAUGAUGCAGCUUGUACAGACAUCCAAAAAUGCUGUUAUAAUGGAUGUGGCCAUUCCUGUAUAGAUCCUGAGGGUUGUGAGGUUGAUGGCGAGAUGUAUGCAAUCGGAGAUGUGAUUGAAAAGAAUGAUCCAUGUUUGUACUGCGAAUGUGUCCAUGAUGAUCAGUCUAAUAGUAGAGAACAGUGUGUGGCUACUAGUUGUGUUGCACCAGAAUGUGAAAAUCCAACUUAUCAUGAUGAUGUUUGCUGCCCAAUAUGUGAAACAUGGGACUCAACUGGACCAAUGGGUGCAACUGGUCCAAGUGGAUCUACAGGUCACACAGGACCGACAGAUUCAUCUUGGCCAACUGGCUGGACAGGACCAAUGGACGCAACUGGGCCAACUAGCCAAACUGGACCUACAGUAUCAAAUGGAUGUGCAAGUGGAAAUCCAUGUUUAAAUCUGGGAAGCUGCUCAUCAUCAGGUGGAGGUUUUCAAUGUCAUUGCAGAGAUGGCUUUUCGGGAGAAUUUUGUGAGAUUGACUUGGCCAAUCCAGAUGGAUGUACUUGUUCUCCGUGUAUGAAUAAUGGAAGUUGUAUUUCUGAUGAUGGGACAUAUUUCUAUUGUCACUGUUUUGGAAACUUUAUUGGUGAAUUCUGUGAGAUUCCAAUAUCUGGUGGAACUGGUCCGGACUCUGGUUGGACUGGUCCAACUGGUGCAACAGGCCCAACUAUACCCCAUGCAUGUUCCCAUGGUAAUCCCUGUGAAAAUGGUGGAAGUUGCGUACCAUUCCAAGAUGGGACAGAUUACUACUGUAGCUGCCCUCACUACUUUUCUGGUGACUACUGUGAGGUUGAUUUAUCUAAUACCCAUAUAUGUGCCAGUUAUCCGUGUAUGAAUC